UGUGAACGUCGUCCGUACGCAUGCCCUUGCCCGGGCACCUCUUGCAAGUUGGAAGGUCCACUUGACGAUGUUCUUAACCACUUACUCACCGCUCACAAGACCAUUACAACACUCGGCGGAGAAGACAUAGUGUUCUUGGCGACAGAUAUUCACCUGCCUGGGGCCGUCGACUGGGUGAUGAUACAAUGCUGUUUCGACCACUACUUCAUGUUGGUUCUUGAGAAACAGGAGAGACACGAGGGACACCAGCAGUUCUUCGCCAUCGUUCAAUUGAUAGGGACGGAGAAAGAGGCCAACGCUUUCAGGUGUGUUUGUGUGUUAGCAUCAUUUGCUAACUCCAUGCCAUGCUCUCUUUCCUUUCUCAGCAUCCACUGCAGUAUAUCAAGUGUUAUUUGCAGCAACGAUUGCCUAAUAUUCGAGACUGCAAUGGCUUCUUAUUUCGGAGACAAUGGAAACCUUGCUAUCAUUGUCACAAUCUACAAGACAUCGUAUUAUUGA